UGACGCUAGCUCCCAGUAUGCUUUAGAAUACCAGAAGAAGAACGCCCAUUUUGCUCACAGAUCCACAAAGUGUGACAGCGAGGACAAAGAGCUACAAUGGACGGUGAUGUUGCAGUUGGUGUGAAGAGAGGCUCAGAUGAGCUCAACAUGUAUGGAAACAGCCCCAGCUCAAUGGCAGCAAACGGGAGCGACAGUAAGAAACAGCGUCUGGAUGAGUCACCUCCUUCCAGAGUUCUUCACAUCCGGAAACUUCCUAAUGAAGUGUCUGAAACUGAAGUCAUUGCUCUGGGCCUUCCCUUUGGAAAGGUUACCAAUAUCUUGAUGCUGAAGGGAAAAAACCAGGCUUUUCUGGAGCUGGGUACAGAGGAAGCUGCCAUUACUAUGGUGAACUACUACGCCGCUGUCACCCCCCAGGUGAGAAAUACACCCGUCUUCAUCCAGUACUCAAACCAUAAGGAACUGAAGACUGACUCUGCUCUGAACCAGAGGGCCCAAGCAGUGUUGCAGGCAGUGUCAGCAGUCCAGGAUGGAAGCUCUCCCUCCUCAGAUCCAGGGGUUUUGGAUUUGGCUCCACCCCCCAGUCCCGUCUUGCGCAUUAUAAUUGACAACAUGUUUUAUCCUGUGACACUAGAUGUUCUCCAGCAGAUCUUUAGCAAGUUUGGCACAGUGAUGAAGAUUAUAACAUUUACCAAGAACAACCAGUUUCAGGCUCUCCUGCAGUUCAGUGACCCCGUCAAUGCACAACAAGCCAAGCUGUCUUUGGAUGGACAGAACAUCUAUAAUUCAUGCUGUACUCUUCGGAUAGAUUUCAGUAAACUGGUCAACCUCAAUGUUAAGUACAACAAUGACAAGAGCCGAGAUUACACUAGACCUGACCUUCCUACUGGAGAUGGAGACUCAACCACCAAGGAUCAUUCUUUACUGGGUACCCCAUCUGGAGCGCUAGCUUCCUACUCUAGUGGAGGAGGUUACUCGUCUUCUCUCUCCCUCUCGCAGAGUGGAGGGGCCAUUAGUCCUCUGAGUGCUGCCGCAGCAGCGGCAGCAGCUGCCGGCCGCAUUGCUCUGUCCGGGUCUGGUGUGUCAGGAGUCCUGUUGGCCUCAAACCUAAAUGAAGAGAUGGUCACGCCUCAAAGUCUCUUUACCCUCUUCGGGGUCUAUGGUGAUGUCCAGAGGGUGAAGAUCUUGUAUAACAAAAAGGAUAGUGCUCUGAUUCAGUUAUCAGAUGGCAACCAGGCCCAGCUAGCCAUGAGUCAUCUCAAUGGACAAAAGGUGUUUGGGAAGGUGAUGAGAGUGACGCUCUCCAAACAUCAAACUGUGGCUCUGCCAAGAGAAGGACUGGAUGACCAACUGCUAACUAAAGACUUUGCCGGCUCCUCACUCCAUCGCUUUAAGAAGCCAGGAUCAAAGAACUUCCAGAAUAUCUUUCCUCCCUCGGCAACACUUCACCUUUCAAAUAUCCGGGAAGGAGUUGGAGAAGAUGAUCUACGCCUUCUCUUCUCCAACAGUGGAGGAACAGUCAAGGCUUUCAAAUUUUUCCAAGAUCGUAAGAUGGCCCUGAUCCAGAUGUCGUCGGUCGAAGAAGCGAUCCAGGCAUUGAUAGAUCUUCACAACUAUGACAUGGGAGCAAAUCACCAUCUUAAAGUUUCCUUCUCAAAGUCUACCAUAUAACUCCCACACCCGAUUCCUCAACCUUGUACAAGUUGAAGGCCACGCCCACAUCCUGUGUUUGAAAUAGUUUUCCUCACCUCUUUUUCUGUAUCCACAAAAUCUUACACCCUUUUUUUCCCUCUCUCUCUGAGGAGCAACAGACUGUGACAGAGAUGAUCUCAGAUUUUGUUCAGAUAUAAGUCAGAGGGUACCUACCGCCUAAUCAACACACACCAACUGUUUUAGACAAAAUUUCACAUUGAUAAUCGAACAUCACUGAAGGUCAGACCCAAAAUUACCCAGAUAUGAAAUUUGGUUGAAUAGUGCACUUUUGCUCACCUUGAACACCCCCUAGUGCAAGCCACCUUCAAUGUUUUGGUUGUGAUCUUUGGUGACCUCUGUUGAGGAAACCUUGUCCAAAAUGUGUUGUAACUGGUUUUUUGAUAUUUGCAGUGGUUUGAAUGAAAUCUGAGGUGGUCAUUGUGACAGCUGGGUGCAAAAUGUCUGAUACUUUAAUCUUAAUCAUUGAAACCUGAGUCAGUAUCUCGAAUUCGGAAUUCAAACUAGAACAUUGCUUUUUCAUUAAGUCCCUUAAUUUUGUGCCUACUGGCAGCUCUCACAUUCACAACGUUUCAUUUAGGGUGCUUUUUACACCUGAUCACUUUGGUUUGAUACAAAUGUGCAUUUGCCUGCAUGUGUUUUUGUUUGUUUUGGGUUUUUUUUGGGGGGGGGGUCCACAUUUGAAACUGAACUUUGUUGUUAACCAAACAGAUGCACUGAGAAUACAGUCUUGCUGUGAAUUCUGGUGCAGUUUGUACUCCACUCUGGACAAGUCGCCCAUGUGGAAACACGUGCAAACAGCCGUUCACUUCUAUGGUCAGUUUAGUUACCAGUUGGCCCGGUCUGUGUGUUUGGACUGUGGGAGGAAGCCAGCGGACCCAGAGAGUAAACGCCCCAGCUCGUGUUCCAAUCCCAAAUCCAAAACUCUGCUUUAAAGAACAAGUUCACGUUUUAAAGGAUAUAAUUUUAGGAAUACAUUGAAAAAACAUCGGAGACAAGUGAAUGAUUAUUACAAUGCAGUGACAUUUAAAAGAAGAUUAAAACAAAAGAAGCUUUUCCUUAGUUAUGAGGCGCUACUGUGAUCAUUGUGUGCGUAAAGAUGCAGCAUGUGCAUGUUUGUGCUGUGUGCUCAGACCGGGUUUCUUCAUGUGAUUAUGGUCUUUGUGGCGUUGCUCUGACAUUUGAGAUUGAGGACCAAAGUACACAUGCCUUUAGUCUUCAGUCUGAUUUUACUGUGGAGGGCUUAAGUGUGUCUUACGAUUGUAUUACUGUUUGUUGAAUUCUUAUUGUAACCUUGUAGGAAUUUUUGUUAAUGUAAAUUUCUCUGCCCUCUGUUUUCAUUUGCUGCGGUAGAAUGGUGAAAAUCCGGCUUUCUGUUUCCACAGAGGCAGUUGUUUAAAACUUUAUUUUAUCGACAUUAACAGUUUUUUUUAUGCACGUCUGGUGCUUCUGCAGUUAUUUUUGAGAAUAUUGUAAUUUUUGUACUUGAGUUGAUUUUUGUUUGUGAUUACAGUUUCAGAUUAGCACAAAUUAAAAAUGCCCUUUUUUUUACAGACAAGCCCAAGUUAAAUUGUGUCUGUGUGUUGAACUGGGUUCAGAUCUCUGCUCUGUAUCUCACUCUAAAAUAAACCUCUCUCUGUUCA